AUGGCCAAACAAAUUACCCGUAAAUGUAAUAGAGAAAACCGAACGUUCCUAGGAAUAACGAAUGACAAACUUGAAAUUAAAGGAAAUUUAAGACUACCGGUAGAAAUAAAUAAUCGAAGAUUUUAUGAAACAUUCAUAAUUACUCCAAUUUCGGAAAAUGAAGUUCCCAUCGAUUUCUUAUAUGGCUACAUGACAAUGGAGGAAAAUUAUAAUCACGAUAAAGAAAAUAAAAAGGCCCAGGACAUAUUAUAG